AUGAGAUCUCGUCCUCAAAGUAUUAGUACUAGGCUCCAAGAGACAACCAAAGAAGUAUCCUCCUGCGAUUAUUACGAACAUCUCAGUGAUCUUGACGCAGCAAAAGAAAAAGAAAAAGAAGAAUCCCAAGACUCCUUGAUUGCCCAUUUUCAGCAACCUUCAGAUCAAACAGAAGGAGGACCGUCCGAACCAGAAUUAUUGACCACCAACUUGCCACAGCAUGCAAAUCAGGAAGAUGGGCAAGAACCGUCGACGACUACCCAUCUUCCACAACAUGAUGCUAACGACCAACAACAACAACAACUGCAGGGGGACGAAAACUUUCUAGUGGGAAUUACACCACAAUACUGGGCUCAUGUUCCUAUGUUGAUUGAUGACAUUUUGCAUCAUUUGACAUUGUCCAAGGGUGGAAUCAAUUUCUUACAUUCGCUGCCCCAACAUACCAAGAUUCCAGUCUCCAAAUGUCUCUUGGUGGGAAGAAUCAUAUGGGCCAAACAAACCUCAGAUAGUGCCAUGGCCUAUAUCCUGGAUGACGGUACUGGUUUGAUGGAUUGUGUAUGUUAUCACAAUCAUAACACGGAUGCGGUAUAUGAACUUCCAUCCCUUCUUCCAACAUCAUCAUCAUCAUCACCAUUCCUCGACGACAAUGUAAAUGAAAUUGAAAAUAAUCAUAUUCAAAACAAACGACGACCCAUUGCAUUGGGAACUUGCGUCAAGGUUUUUGGAAAGAUCAAGAAUUUGGCCAUUCUCCAGAAUGGUCGUGUCUUGCGAGAAGUCAACGCCCAACUCAUCGAACCAGUCUACGAAUCCUUUGCCACGAAUAGCACGAAGAAUCCAGAACACGAUCAUUGGAUGAAAUGUGCCAACUUUCUUCAAACCUCCAACAACAAUAAUAGCAAGAAUGGACGUCCAAGCACCAACAUCCUCCAACCCUUGGGUUGUCUCGAAAUCUUGGGCGAUCGGAUCCGAUCCCAAGUCCGGGCCAAACGACGAUUGCCAUCAGCAGAUGAUACUUUGGGUGCCUGGAGAGUCUUUGGAACUCGUUGUUUGUGUGCAUGCCCUGAAUCCAUUAAGGAAUCCCUGUUGUACUGUCAUUGCCAGGCCAAGGUCAGCGUUUUGUACUGUGAUCAACAAUUUCAGUAUCGGGAUGCCUUAUUGAAACAUUUGUUGGAACGUCAAACCAAAUAUGCCAAGAAACUAGUAUUUUCGUAUCAAGAUAUCCAAAAGGAAGAGUCUCUCAUUCAAGUGGCAAGGGAGCAAGAAGCCAAGAGUGGUGACAACAAGAAGGAGAAAAAGAAAAAGUUUUUUCAUCAAGAAUUGAUUCGGUCCACUGUCCGAGCCUUGGCCAAGGACGGAAUCAUUUAUCACAUUGAUCCGGACAAUGACCAAUACUUGUUGAUUACACGAGAAAAGGUAUUGGAACCCUUUGUUCGAGACGAGUUGGACCGAACGGGCAAUAGUAAAAACUACGUAUCUCUGAAAGGAGCUCCCGAAUACUUGAAGGUGGUGGAUUUGGAAAAAUUCAUGUACAUCAAGCGAUGUAUCGUCCAUGAAAAUAAAACGAAGAAGAAGAAGACUGGCAAGAACGAAGCUAAGCGACAAAAAGUUGUUGCCAACUAA